AUGAUGAUGGAUCAGGCCCAUUUUGGAGAAUACUUGCUAAGGCAACAGAUGUUGCACGCCGCUUCACUCAGUGGAUUGCAGCAUCGUGUCGGGGCGGAUGCGGAGCCGCCGGCGUGCGAAGCCCGUCUCCUCAACGGCGACCUCUGGCGUCGUUUCCACGACAUCGGCACUGAAAUGAUCAUCACCAAGGGGGGCAGGUUGAAAAUUGAUUUAGCUAGUGUGUUACCUUCAUAUACUGUUGUAUAG